UCUACCUAUCAGCGCACAACUCAAAAUGCAUUUCGUCGCUCUGUUGCAAUUAAUCAUUUUGAUGUGCAUGGAAAUUAGCAUAUUUACUGGUCACUCGGUCGGACCGAACACAACCAUCGGUUUUCUUUGUAAAUCAGGCGGAAUAUUGGAUGUGAAUCAGGUGUGUGAUGGUCGUUCGGAUUGUUAUGAUGGUUCCGAUGAGAUCAAAGAGCUUUGCUACCGUAUCAUUUGCCCGGAUGGUCAGUUUCGGUGUCAUUAUGGUGCCUGCAUUGCAAAAUCGAAAAAAUGCAACGGGAUACGUGAUUGCUCUGAUGGUUCUGACGAAAUUCAGUGUGGUCGACGAGAACGUAGCUGUGGUCAAAACGAGUUUCUGUGUAAAACAAUCUCCAAAUGCAUUCCUCAAUCGGCUAUUUGUGAUGGUAACGAUGAUUGCGAGGAUGGUUCGGACGAAUCAAAAUUAAUUUGUGAUCAGGAAUUGUGCCCCUUGGGAACAUUCAAAUGCAAGUAUGGAGGUUGUAUUCAGCUAUCAGGACAAUGUGACGGUUUUAAUGAUUGCAUAGAUGGAUCGGAUGAAACUCCAACGAUAUGCUUAGCAAUACAAUGUCCUAAAUGCCGUAAGACUAUUAAAUGUCCACCAAUAAUGUCAUCAAGACUUACAGUAACGUGUACAUUAAAUGAAGAUGAUGUACCGUGCAAUCAGCCGAUGGAUCCAGGCACAAUUGCAAAAUUUGAAUGCAAAGAAUUCUACAAAUCUGCGAGCAUCAGAGAUGAAACUAGCGAUCAAUCCGUAUGCCAGUUGGAUGGUAAUUGGUCGCGAGACAUUCUAAAGUGUGUACCAGAAUGUGGACAGAUCAGUUCUGCGAUCCCAUUGGUUAUGAAUGGCUGGGAUGCUGUGGUUCCUUUCCCUUGGCACGUCAAUUUAUAUGUUCGUACGAAAAUCGACUACCAAUUCUGGUGUGGUGGUACGUUGAUCUCGGAAGCAAUCGUAGUUACGGCCGCUCAUUGUGUGUGGAAUAUAAAGACGAAUCUCCUGAAAUUGUCAAUGGGAUCAACAAGCAGUCUGUUGAAUGACCCGAAGAAUGCGUACGUAAAGACAUUUACAGCGAAAAGGACUAUCAUUCAUCCACUGUACCAAGACAAAUUUGGAAACUACGGUUCCGACAUUGCCCUUAUCGAAAUUGAUGGAAACGUGGAUCUGAACAGUUUCUUUUUGCCAGCGUGCAUCGAUUGGAAUCUGGACGACAUAACUUCUCAUCUGAGCCACACUAAUCUCGGAUAUGUCACUGGAAUGGGUGUUAGUGAGGACAAUUUGUUUAGUGAUCGUUUGAAAGUAACCUCGUUACCAGUAGUGGGCGACCGAGAAUGUAUGGAAAAACAGCAGCUUGACUUCCGAAAAUACGUGACCUUUACAACAUUCUGCGCGGGCUGGGAAAACGGGACUGGGGUCUGUAACGGAGACUCUGGAUCUGGAUUAACAUUUUCAACGAAAGACUUAUGGUAUCUUCAGGGUAUUGUAAGUUUAAGUCCAAGACGGCCAUCGACUAAUCUCUGUGAUACCAGUCAGUUUACUAUAUUCACUAAAGUUGGAAUGUAUGUGGCCUGGAUUAAAAAUAUUUUGUCCGAAGUACAUUCUCAUCACGAUUUCACUUCUAAAUGUGUGUGAAGAAAGUGCUCGUUUUGUA